CCGGUUAUAUAUAUAUAUAUGACAUAUCAUUAGUCAGCAGCAACGAAGCAACCUUUCUCAGUUCUCUCGAUCUCAAAACAAAACCAAACCGAAACCGAAACCGAAACCCCCUCUUCUCUCUCUCUCUCUCUCUCCUAGUACCCCAAACUGUGUUUGCUCUCCCAUCCCAGCCAAUUUACCUCGUCCAAUUUUCCUUAAACAAAUCAAAUCUUUUUUCUUAAAAACCUCGAGGGGUUGGCGGGAAAAAUAAGAAGGAAGAAGAAAGAUGUCGGGAAAGGGCGCAAAGGGUUUGAUUAUGGGGAAGGGGGCAGCGGCCAACAAGGACAAAGACAGCAAGAAGAAACCCAUCUCUCGUUCCUCUCGUGCUGGCCUUCAGUUCCCAGUGGGUAGGAUCCACCGUCUAUUGAAGUCAAGGACCACAUCUAGUGGGAGAGUAGGAGCAACAGCUGCAGUCUACUCUGCAGCAAUCUUAGAGUAUUUGACUGCGGAGGUGUUGGAGUUGGCUGGCAAUGCAAGUAAGGAUCUCAAGGUCAAACGUAUCACUCCCAGGCAUUUGCAGCUUGCAAUCCGAGGUGAUGAAGAACUUGAUACUCUCAUCAAAGGAACCAUUGCAGGUGGAGGUGUGAUCCCUCACAUCCACAAAUCACUUAUCAACAAGUCAUCCAAGGACUAGAUUACAAAUGGAUUAUGGCUGCUUACAUUUGCCAACUUUCUAGGAAUAGAUGCUCCUUCGUGGUACUUGAGUCAUGGAUUUCUGUUCUCUUCUUUCUUUGGAAGCAGGGUCUCCAAUUGUGUGUUCAAAUCAUUAUUGUUCAUGCUUGAUCUCCCUGUUUCUGAACUAGUUAUGUUUCUGAUUAUAUGUGUUGUGGAUAAUGUCAUUGUCUGACAUUUUAUUUAAAUCUUAGGCUGACUUUUAGACAUUCGGGUAUUGUGUAGUAUCAAUUGCUAUUUUUAAUUCGAAUUCCUUUGGGACAUUUGGAUUGCA